AUGCGCGUCUUACGUAACGCCACCGCGCAAACACCGCGCAAUUUGCGGGAGCCCCGCACGCGGGCGUGUCAGCGCAGCAACUUGAUCCAGCCUCGCAGCACCGGCAUCCGCGAAGGUCGCAAAGACAGGAGAGAGCCGCAGCAGCAGCUCGCGCGACCGCCGAAAGCCGAGCUCGAGACCGCGGCGUGUCGACGAAACUGUGUCAACGCGGGCGAGAUCGCCAGCCGAUUUGCGGCGGCGGCGCUUAUCUUCCGCCUGGGCUUCAACCACACGCGCUUCCACUUGGUAACCAUCGCCUUCCACAGAGUAUCCGCUCGGCCUGGAGCGACUGAGCCAUCAACUCGGAAACGCAGAAGAGUCUCCAUUCGCCAACACUUCACCCGAGCCGCACGCGCUCUUCCUCGCCCGCACUCCACCACUACCUACCCUCCUGCCUGCCCGCCCGCCCGCCGCAUGCACUCGUCCCUGAACUUCGAGGCCCUGUGGCCCUCGCCGCCCAAGCGCGCGCUGCCUCGGCGCCGUAGCCGCAGCGUGCGCUCGGCGCUGGCGCGCGCCGUGUUUCCGCGCGUGAUGGAGUUCAAGGUCAUCAGCCGCGAGAGCGAGAAGCACGAGUUCAUGCCCGUCGUGUACCUCAUGGAGCGCUCGCCCGCCUGGCGCCGCCGCGUGCCCUCGCUGGUCGAGCGCGCGCUCGUGGAGGACUACAUCACGCCGCUGGUGGCCGAGAUCCCGGACGACGCCGGCGCGGAUCUGACGAGCCAGCUGGCCACCGUGCGCCGUGAGAUGGAGCUGCGCGCAAACCUCAUCGACCCGUCGCGGCCGUCGCUGGACGGUGUCAGCACCGACGAGACGGACUACAAGAUGGGCGUGCUUGUGGACUUCAAGCCCACGCCCGGCAACCCGGGCAAGGCCGCGCUCAACAAGGUCGUGUUCCAGAUCGCGACGGCGCUACGCGCCGCGUCCUACAGCCGCGCGCUCGUAGUGCCCGUGGCCAUGCACUACUGCUCGGCCGCCAGCUUCCUGGACGUGCGACGCUACGCCGGACUGCGCUACGGCGCGCCCGUGCUGCUGGAGGAGCGCGAAGUCGCCAUCUUCGGAGAAGACCCCACCGAGUUCACGCAGCACUUUAGCGCGCGUCUGCGCGCGGCGCUCACGAUGCCCCCGCCGCCGUCUGUGGCGCAGAUCGAGAUGCUGCGGCUCACGCGCACGCUGCACGUGUACUGCGCCAAGGUGGUGCGCGACGACUGCUUCUCUAGAAGACAGCGGGCCUCCAUGAACGAGGAGAUCAUGCAGAUCCACUUCCGCACGUCGAACCAUCCCGCCAUGCACGAGCUGAAACGCAAUAUGGCGGCUUAUUGCGCAACUCUCAAGCACUGGAAGCUGCGAGACGAGGAUAUCAACUCAGCUAGCGUGCUGCUGGCCGUCGAGGAUGUGCCAAAGCACCCACUGCACUUUGUGUGGCUGUUAGCCGCAGCGCUGCGCUUCACCUUCAAGCUGCCUGGACGGUUGUUCCUUGCCAGCGCGUGCGACCUCAUCUACCGCUUCCCGCCCCGUAAAUCGCACAACAGGUCGCUUCCAUUGGGCGCCGCUGCGGUCAAGGCUUCUCUGGGCUGCCUCGCGCUUGGCGUGCUCGUACGUGCCGUUCCAUCGAGCAUUCUGGGAUGGUUUUUCGCUGUGCUUGUGGCGAUUGUGAUGAUUGUGGACGCGGCGACUGCGCACACUGCGGCGGCCGAUGUGCAGCACCUCACCCAGCACUGGAAGAAGCUCCAGUUCUACGUAAUGGACGCGGACGAAUUGACGCGUCUGAAGGAGACUCGUGCUGUGCUGGCUCGCAGCAUCCAUGACAUCGUGGCGCGCUACAUGUGCACCGAUCUGCCCCCUCCGGUUCUACAGGAUGCGUCCAAGUCUGCGGCUUCACCGACCUCUGCGCUGCUGGACAACGACGAGUACACGCUCAACGCGCACCACAAGAUAUUUAUUAACGCGCCGCGCUCGUUCCCGCUGUCUUUCGCUGCCAAGAUGAAGAACCCGGAGACUGCUCGACGCGUAGUAUACGCACCGAAGAUGCUGCGCGAUGAGACGUGGCGUAACAUCUACGAGACUUUGGCUCCUGGACACCUGCGCUUCCGCGUACUGCUGACUGACAACAAGAGCGACAACCUGCCCAUGGACGAGCUAAUUGCUACUCCAUUCUUCGGAGCCGUGCUGUCCGCUUACAUCUUGUACCAGACGCGCUAUGGUGAUGAAGAGAGCAGCACGUCCAGCUCAAGUGGCGACGACGCUCACUUAACCAACGAUGGGGUUCAGCAGGAGCAGGCUCGCGUGUACAGCCAGACCGAGCAGGACGUAGACGAGCAAGCGCUUGGAGGUUAUGGCUCCAUCCAGGAGAUUGUUGACGCAGCAAUCCAAAUGGCCCAGGAUGAAGAGGAAUUGACUGAGUAA